ACCUGUUGUCUGAAAAAAGAUGUCUUAGACAACUAAAGGAACUCACUCUUAUGCAUUAUUACUUAUGUGUAAUAUGAAACCUAAACUAAAAUUAUUAACCUAAUCUAAUCCCUAGGGUCAACUUCAACACAUUUCUCUUUUUGUAUUUUAUUCUGGGAAUUACCCAGAAAUGUUUUAGGCAUACGUUAACGCAGCGUUGCUGCAGAAACUUUGUUCAGCUGUCUCCGUUUAGUCUACUGUUGACUGAAAAGCGGAUAUGUUUUUCUCUUAGGCUAGGCUGACUUCAUUUGGCUGUUGCCAUGGUGAACCAAAGAAAAACAUUGAAUGUGCAACGGGGAGGUUUAAAACACUCACUUGCUCCCUCCAACUAUAAUUUAGCACCUGAAUGACUGUGUUUGAGCGGUCUGAGUACUCUGCUUCUCCUUGUAUCCAUGUCUUGUCUGUGGGACGAGCGAACACGUGCUCCCUUGGUUUAAACAGCAGUUGUCAGGCUCCCUUCCAGUCUUUCUGGCAGGGAGACGACACUGUCUCUGACACUGAAAGACGAACAGGAGACAGAUGUACAGAAGAGAAAAGUGAUCUAGAGAUAGAAAUCGAAUAUCAUGUUCUAUGGAGAGCAGAAAAGACCAGCUAUGGAGCACGGUUCUUUAUAUAGGUGGUGAAAAACACAUUCUUGGUGCAAAAGUAGAAGCUAAGGUUAGCUGUCUGAAGCAGCAGCUCCACUUUAGAGGGCUUUACAGCCUGUUGCAUCACCUUAAUCUUGGAGACCACAUAACAGACACAUAUAAAUAGAAAAAAAAUUCAGUGUUAGCUUUGUGAGAUCAGAGAUGCAACAUAUCAGGCUGCCAUAUCAUACCCUCUUAAAAGGUCUUUGCCUUUUAAGAGAAUCUAAAACACUUAUAGAUUGUGUUUAAUGAUUUAAAGAGGGUGUGUGGUUACCUCAGAAAGCAACACCUUGAGUACAGAAUAAACGAUUUCUAGUGACACAUGAUCGAUUUCUAGUGACACGUGAUCCCUGAAAAGUGUCAAACUGAACAACUUGCACUCCUAAAUCUACGUAAAGCUAAUCGCCCCAGGAGAAGAUAAGUACGCCAACUGCUUGUGUCCUGUUAUCAUCACCGAUGUUAAUGUAGGGCGUCCACUGGACUGUUGUUUGCCAGCCGCCUGUAGGGAUCACUUAGUUGUGUGUGUGUGUGUGUGUGUGUGUGUGUGUGUGUGUGUGUGUGUGUGUGUGUGUGUGUGUGUGUGUGUGUGUGUGUGUGUGUGUGUGUGUGUGUGUGUGUGCUUGUUCAUCUGUGUGUGUGUAUGUGUCAAACUAGGGGUGUGUCUUUAAUGUGUGGGUUGGUGUUUCUGUACAAGUUAGAGCAGCAGAACAUGUGCUUCUGCACAAUAGUUAGACUUUGCUCUGCCUUUAUUUUCCUCAGUGAGAUCAUGUUUUUUUCUUCCUUCUUCCUCCUCUACGAUUUCCUUCUGUGAGGUUUUUUAUUUUUUUAUUUCUUCGUCUUGGUUUUUUUUCCCUAAGAAUAAGAGACACAAGGUAGGUGGAGCCGGACAGAGAAGUGUGCCACACUCCCCCCCCCUCUCUCUUUCUCGCACGCUGCCUUUCUUCCAUUCUGUCAUUGCCAUUCUGGCUGAACAGACAGUGUUCAUUCCCUGCCACACUAAACGCUGAGGGAACGACACACAUCUGACUUUUGCUAAAAGGAAUCUUCAUUUUCUUCACGGAAACUAAAAGAUCAUCAAGAUCACCAGGAAGAGACAUUUACUGUCUUGAAGCACAAUGGUUGCUGGAAUGCUGAUGCCCAUGCGGGACCUAAAGGCCAUCUAUGAAGUCCUGUUUCGAGAUGGUGUCAUGGUGGCCAAGAAGGACAAAAGGCCACAAAUAAAGCAUGGUGAUGUACAAAGUGUAAGCAACCUGCAAGUAAUCCGUGCAAUGGGCUCCCUUAAGUCCAGGGGUUAUGUGAAGGAAACGUUUGCUUGGAGACAUUUCUACUGGUACCUGACCAAUGAUGGCAUUGUUUAUCUGCGUGACUACCUCCACCUGCCCACUGAAAUAGUUCCAGCCUCUUUGCAGAGGGUCAGGAAGCCAGCCGCCACUCUGGCUUUUGCCCAUCGGGCUCCUCGGGUCCAAUCUGUACAAGGUCCCACGUCUUAUGUUCCCAAGCCAGGUCAUAGCAGUGAAGCAGAGAGUCAGGAAGCACUUGCUGAGCGUCAUGGUUACCGCCAUAAGAUGGUGGAUUCUGGAGAACAAGAUAAACACUCUGACAGGACCCCCAGGUUCAGGGGUCGUCCACUGACUUCAGAACCAAUGAGAUCAAAACCGUUACUGGAGGAUGAGAAACAGCGUCAGCCUCUUUACAAGAGGGGAUCAAGAUUUGAUCAUGAAGUCAAAUCCACAGAGGAGAAUACUUGGAAGAAAGUGACUCAUCAGGAGUCUAACGAAAGGCCUGUAGCAUCACAGGAGAGAAAAGCUGUGGAGGUUGACAAGAGGAAGGUGCCAAGUUCUGUUUCUGUUCAAACAGAGGUUUUGAAGCAGGAUGCAUCCCAGACCACUCUGAUCUCCUCCUCAGCAGCUGUAGCAUUAUCUGUUGCUGCUGCUGUGGCUGCAGGUGCUUCUACAUCAAAGAUAACAGGAAGCUCGACUACUGCUGAAACAAAUAACGAGAUAAUGAUGAAAGGAACGUCCGAGAUUGCUGACCAAAACGUCUCCCAAAAGUUCAGUCAAGACAUCGUACGCAGCUCAGCAGUAAAAUUGCAUCCUAAAAAGGAAACCAAAGAAAUGAAAACAAAACCUGCAGAGGUUACUGUUCCAGGUAAAACGGCAAGUAAAAUAGUUGAGCCCAAACUAGUCCCUUCAAUGGAAUCUACCCAGGAAGCAUCCAAGGUUGUUAGCCAAGCCGCUGUCGCCCCUGUUGAUACUGAGUUGUCUGAUGUCAAAGAAGGACAGCUUAAGAAAGAAGAGGUUAAUAAGGUUUCACUUAAGCCCCUGGAAACGAAGACAGAAACUUCAGUGAAAUCUAAAAUAGAGUGUGAUGUCACAGAGAAAAAUAUGAAAAAAACACAGAAGAGCAGCAAAACUAAACAUGCAAGCAGCAUCAGUAAAGCAGUGGGUACCGCGGGUGCAUCAGACAACACCUCCAACACUCAAGUCAUCCAGGAACCAUCAGUCCAGGCUAAAGUAACACCGCCAAGUGUGACUGGAAAACCUAAAAAAGAUGAGGUGUCGCUUAAAAUGACAUCCGAGUCCUCAGCACCUGGAGUUAAAUCUGCCCCUGACACUACAAGUGCCUCAGCACCUGAAGAUCCAACGUUUCUGACACAGAAAGUUACAGGCAUAGAGAUGAGCACAAAACAAGAAGAUACAAGUGUAAAAGAAGCCUUACAUGCCAGUAAAGAUGGAUCACUGCUGCCAGAAGAGGUCCCUAAAGGAUCAGAGAAGAGCCUUGAAGAACUACAAGAUGUUGUCCAACUAACUCAGACUGCUGAUGAGGUGAUUAAAGCUACACAGCAGGCAUCUGAAGGCACCUCCAAAUCUAAAAGAAAGAAAAAGAAGUCUCCAGGGGAGACACCCAAGAGCCCUGAUGCUGUGGAGUCACCUGAGUCAAAGAGAAAGGAGGAGGAACCCUCUGGAGAUAAAUUCCCAAAGGGAGUAGAAGACAUCAUCCCAGUUAUUACGUCUGUGCCC